GCAUGAAUUAAUACUGUGGCAUUAACAAUUCUUCAUCAGUACCAAUUACAGUACAUUAGCUGCUACUGCUGGAGAGCACAAUAGUCUCUAAUAUGCGUCAUUAAUGUGUAACAGAUCCCUCUGGGUCAUGCCUUACCCACCCUAGAUAAAAGCAGCAAUGGAGGCGGGCAGGGAUUUGCAGCCAGUGCCCCCCUUUGGGGCUGGCUCUUACUCCAGGGCUAUCAUGGUCCCAGUGGCACCGUGAUCCUGUGGCAAUGCUGCUGGGGUUGGCAGGGGCCCCUCCAGCCUCACCCAGGGUCAGGUUUAGCACUGCCACCUGCAGAGCCCCUCUCCCAGCUGAGCACAGUGUCCUCAUCCAUCCACAGAGGCCAGAGGCUCUCAAACAUCUGGAGGAUGGCAAUGGUGGUGUGCAGGCAGCGUCUGCAGGGCGAGAUGGCACGGUGGGCACUGGCACUGGCACUCUGCCUGUCCCUGUCUGCAGUGGCAUCUGCCGACUGUGUCACCCAGUGCUCCCUCUGCGCAGCCCAGAGCCGCGGUGCCGAGAGCAGCGUCCAGCCCCUGAUGUGCCUGUGGGAAUGCCAGGGCUCCUUGUCACCCGGCCCCGAGUGGGAGAUGUGCAGGAAGGCGCUGGCGCUCCUGGCCCCACUGGUGGCCCUGGCCGAGGGGACAGAGCCAUCCCCACAGGAGGCAGAGGAGGAUGAGGCAGAGCCAGAGCAGGCUCUGGGCGCUGCAGAGCUGCCACCAGCGCCGGCCAAGCGCUACGGGGGCUUCAUGAAGAUGAUGUCCAAGGCGAGGCUGCUGUCCCUGCUCCGCGAGAACGCUGCACAAGCGCUAUGGGGGCUUCCUGCGCCGCAUCCGGCCCAAGCUCAAGUGGGACAAUCAGAAGCGCUACGGGGGCUUCCUGCGGCGGCAGUUCAAGGUGACCAUGCGGUCGGACGAGGACCCCAGCGCCUACUCAGGGGAGGUCUCAGACCUAUAGAGCCAGGCGUGGCUCCCCACACUGCCACUGCCACCCCGACCGUGCCAUCACCCCCAGCCCUGUCCCCUGCCCGGCCCCGUGUGGCUGGUGUCACCCUUGCCUCAUUUGCUCAGGGGACCGUGAGUUCCAUCCCAUUGUCCCUCUCUGGUUCACCUGCCCAUCCUGUGUGCGGAGGGGACAGUGCCACUCCUCCGGCUGCUGGUGGGGUAGCUGUGGCCCAGCCCAGGGUUCCCAGGGGGUAUUGCUGGGGACAGAGAUCCUCCAUCCUCCCGUGGCUGCUGGAGCACAGCAGCAUCUGCAAACCACCAGAGCUGAGCUACAGGGCAGGGGGCUCCGAGCACUGGGAAGGAUGAAGCAGGGCUGGACCGGGGAGGCCACGGGCAGAGGUGGCUGGUGGAACCACAGCACCAUCACCAGGUGUUCAAGCACUGCUGAGCCCAGCCCUCACUCCCCUCCCCGAGCCUCUCACAGCAGCCCACCGAUCCCAGCACCCUCCUGGUGCCCCUGGGCUCCCCCUCCAAGAGCGACUCCAGAGGCAGGGUCAGCCCCAAGCCCCAACACCCAACUCCCCCUGCAGUCAAUAAAAGGCAGAUGCCAACGAAGCUGAA